AAGCUUUACCUUCAUCUUCUCGCCUCGAUCUUUCCACAAUAACAAUUCCUCUGCUUAAGCAUUCACGACCUCAGAACAUCCAAUUACCAGAACUUGACGGAGCCAUGGCACAAAGACAGCCCUGUAACGACCUACCCCCAACAUCCAUCAUUAUCCCACCAUAUUCUCGUUCAUCAUCCCCGCCAUUUGUCACUAAGAUCAGUUCCCACUCAAAAUCCGUGGGUAGUGACAUGCGUUCGUCAGUGAAGAGUCGGCUUCUUCGUAAUUGGAUUGGUCAAAAUGGACAACAGGAAUACAAGAUCUUGGAACGCUCCCUUGCAAGGUUCCAUCAAAAAGACAGAUACCGGAUCGACGUCCUCAAAACGAACCUCUUGCCCUGGCUUCGAAAAGACCAACCAUGUUUAGAUUUAUUAUCUGAAGCAUCACUCAAAACUGGACGACAGCUUAUAAUACAAUGGUGGUCCACACUUCUAUCUGCUUUACCAGAUGCUCUGUAUACGGAUAGAUGUCAUUAUUUUGAAGCCAUCCUUGCCCUUAUGACUCGAAAAGAAUUCGAAGAGUUUGAUCGCGUUGAGGAUACGAUUUCAAAACCAUCAACCCCAUCAACUGUUAGGACAUUCGUUGACGGAUCAGGCGCAGGCUCUGUUACAGAACAUACAUCCUCGACAACAUCUAUAGCGUCUAGCACAACUCUAGGGUCAGGAUACCCUUUUACAGACUCUAGCGCAUUCUGGUCAUCAUUUCAACAAUAUCGCAGGAUGUUGACACAGUCUCUGCAAUACGCAAUUGAACGGCUGAAUCAAAAGGGAGUCUACUCCAAUGUCAUUACUUUUUGCGCAAAGAUCCUAGCUAUUUGUUUCUUCAAGCUUCCUGGCGUCGCAUUUGGACUGCUUCACGCACUUCCAGCAAGUCGUUCUUAUAUCAGUCGUAUGGCAAAAGCCAUGGAUCUCGUAGGCGAAAACUGCGGCAUGCCUCAAAUCACAACCUUUUUCCCCGAACACCUCUUACCUGUCUGUUUCAUGGGCACUGGCUCUUGGUGGCGGGAGUUUGAGAAGCAGAAGCGCAGGAUGAACUCAGGAGAAGGAGCGCCACCAAUGGAAAUGUUUGGGAACUGGGUCCGCCGCUGGCAGAGCGACGACAGUGAGCUUUUUUUCGCAUUCUACCGUCAUUACCAUCACUGUCUCUCACAGUACUUGGAAAUGCCUCUGCGGCGUAUUCAAGCAGGCGGAUGGGCAUCUUCAGCCAUCACGCCCAAAGUAUAUGCUGGAACGCCGGGGUAUCUAUAUCUCUCUGCAUUUUUCUUGACAAAGAUUGAGGGACUCGUUCAUCGUGAGAUUCACCCUGUGACGACCAUCGUCCAGUUUGAGCCAAAUGCUGCCAACAGUAACGGAAUGAGCACGGCAGAGCGGGAUCGCGCCAUGGCAUCGGUUGCUACGGGUGAAUUCCCUGGAACGGCUGCGCCGCCCGCUGUCAAAUUACCCAUUGGGACGGAUGCUAAGGACGGCACCAAUGGGGGCUCUACCGCAGGAAAACCAAAAGUGCUUGACAUGGCGUCCAGGCGAUUUGUUGAAACCAUUGUGGCUAUUAUGGAAGACCAUGGUAACAUUUAUGGCGUAAUGCUGGAUAUUUGGAUCAAAGCAGUUGUCACUAGGACAAGCGUUUAUGAUGUUGAGAGUGUUUUCUGUCUGCUGGAUUUUUUGGAUAUGCUCAUUGCCGAACUUGAGUCAAGGUUUGUAGUUCUUAUGACUUAAUUUGUAAAAAAAAAAAAAUUGAUUUC